AUGGGCAAAAAGCACAAGAAUAGGCAAUCUUUGCCUCAAACACCGCAAACACCUGGACAACCAAACCAAACUCCAAAUCAAAGAAAACAGCAAACUCCAUCCGGAAAAUCUUCUCAUCGCCAAUCACAUCAAUUUUCAUCAAACUAUUCGCCUUUUGGUCAAAGACAACAACAGCAAACGCCAUUCGGCCAAUUUGGAUCGUCACAACGUCAAACUCAAACUCCGUCUAGCAGCCAAUUGUUGUUGGGUCAAAGACAAACUACAGCAGAAAAACUUCAAGCUGAUUUUGACGCGUGGUCUUCCAAUGUUCGACAACAAUAUCAAACGCCAUCAAGCCAAGCUUUUCCAAAUCAGACACCACAACAUUCGACUCCAUCUUUUACCCCGUCAGGUCAACUGAUUAUGGGUCAAACACCACAACAAGAAAAUCCUCAUUUCUCUUCCCCUUUCUUCCUUUACAAUUACGAGUCAAAAACCAAAAAUAUACACAUUACUAACCCGAUUCCCGAUGAAUUACAAGCACAAACAUCUAAACCAAUUCUCGUCGAAACUAAAACUACAAUUAACCCGAUGACGCCGGUUGAAGCAAAAACAUAUACAAAUAACCCAAUUCAUAUUGACAAAGAAUCAAAAGAGAAUAGUAUUGACUAUAAAGAAAAGAAAAUUGUAUCUUUUUCUACGCAUAUACGAUGGGGAAUGGCCAAUGAAAUUAAGGAUCCAGCUGUCAAAGAUGAAAACAUCGAUAAUCAGGUCGAGAAAAAGCAAUUGCAAACAUCAAUAACGAAGUCAGAUAAAGAAAUUAACGAAUUGUCCGAAGGAAUUGAUGCGAUGAUGGAUAUCGAUAAACCUGAACCUCAAGCAAAAAAAUUGGCUGAAGAAUCAAACUUGUUGGAAAUUUCAAUCUCGAAUAAUGAAACUGAUACUCAGGUUCAAAAAGUCGAAGAAAGUUUGACUGAACUGGAAACUUCUGAAAAACGAGUAGAUGGAUUAAAUGCUGAGGCGACAGACUUCUCAUCUUCUGAUGGCUCUACACCAGACAAGAAGAAUAAAGAGUUCAAGAAGAAUAAGAGAAACUUCAAGUAUAAAAAUAGAAAGGAGCGAAGGGCUAAAUUUGUAAGCACCAGUCAAGAUAAUGGAAAAAUGAAAAAUGAAACGAAGACUGAUAGUGAAAUAUUGUCGAGCGAAAAAAAAGAAAGUGGUGUAGAGCAAUUCCAGAUUGUAAGCCAACUCGAAAAUUUAAAAAUAGUCAACUACGACCCAUUAUUUGAUGAAAAGAAACCUGAUGACAAUAAUAGAAUUGUCAACUACGACCUAUCAUCUGAUGGAGAGAAACCUGAUGACAAUGAAAAAAUCGUCAACUGCUACCCAUCAUCUGAUGAAGAUAAACCUGAUGACAAUAAAAAAAGUCUUAAAAAAGGGGGGAUUCAAGCUAAAAGUCCUUGCUCUUCUGAAGAAAAUUUGGUCGAAUCAAAAAAUCAAGAUCUGCUUUCACACAAGAUCGAUAAGUCAAUUCGGGUUGAAGAAAAUAUCGAGUCGAUAAGCGAUAGCUCAGUUUCGACCAUCAAAAGUGACGAUGGAGGUGAAAAUUCUCAAACUUGCUCUUUCUCCGAUCAAAAGGUUGCACUAGAAACUACUCUACAAGAUUGCGAUAAUACAUCGGAAAACAAAAUACCACCAUCUACUCAAUCCCCGGCUGACUCUGAAUACUACGGUGACAUCAGCUUUCAAACUCCAAGAGUAAAGACAAGCCGACGCUCGUUUAUGAAUAAUAUCAGUAAAGAACCACGAAGAAUUUCGUCUGGAUCACAAAUUACAUCGGUUUCUGUGGCGAAAGCUGUUAAAUUCUUUGAUAUGGAAAUCGAAUCGGUGGAUGAUCAAAAUCAGACUCCUGUUCCUAGUAGAACACAAAUUGCACGAACUCCUGUGACAACUCAAACUCCUAAUUGGAUACAGGAUCCUAACUCAGUUCAAACACCUACUUUGAUUCGGGAUCCCAGUUCAAGUUCAGUCAAAACUCCUAAUUUGAUUCAGAAUCCUAGUCCGGUCCAAGCGCCUGGUUUAAUUCAAAAUCAUCCAACACCGAAUUUAACUCAGAAUCUUAGUUCUGUACAAACACCUAUUGUAAUUCAAAAUCCAGAGAUACCAAUGAAAACUCCUAUUGUAGUAAUUCAAAAUAACGAGAGCUCUAUAAGUACUGAGACUCCAAUGAAAACCCAUGUGAUUCAAAAUCCAGAAACUCCAAUGAAAUCUUCAAUUACGCCCCGUUAUAACUUGAGAACGAGAACACCAAGUUCCGCAAAUGUAUCUAUGAACUCUGUCCCCAGGCAGACAAAGUCCAUGAGAAUACUGUCAUUGCACGCCAUUGAAGAGAAGAUUCCAACCACGCCUUCCAAGAGCACUCAGAUCACCGAAUUAUCCAAAUCGACAACUAUCGAUGAUUCUGCAUCUACCUCAUACAAUAGCAACAACCUACAAACGUCAAUAAAUAAAAAUGAAUUUAGUACACCCUCAACAGUAAAACACGCUACUACACUUUCUCGCACUCCGAAGCCUUGGCCACUUGAAAUCGAGAUUCUUCGAGAAGAAUUAGAAUCUGAAUUUCGACGUCGUAACAUAACGCAAAAAGAGCUCGCCAAUGAGAUUUGUGCCACAAUUAAAACAUUGCCGGGCUCAGAAAGUGUCACGUUCUCACAGUCUUCGUGCUCUAGUUUUUUGAGAGGUGUUUCUAAACCGAGAUCAACACUUGUGUUUGAUGCAAUGAGAAAAUGGAUCGACUCUCAGACGAGAAAUUAA